CAUCAAUUUCAUGGUUGGACGUGGUAGUCAUUGCGACGUGACGUACACUGUCGUUCGUGGAGAUUACAGUCCUACUUGGGGUGAAACGGUUACCUGUGGUUCCAGUCCUUGUUGUGUGAGUUACGCAUUCCAUAACUUUCAAGAUGCUCUGAAGCGCCAGUCCUAUGGUCCAUCAUCGGUUACCGUGUUAGUAAAAUCAUCCUCACACUGCUCAAUAAAAGGAAGUCAAGUCGGGGUUGUUAGUACGCCUUUAUUCAACCUCUUUAUGGAAUAUUCAAACGGAGCAAUAAUCACGGCGGCGACAAAACCCUCGCCAGUUCCGAUUGAAACCCAAGCUGCUGUUUCGCCAACGACUGCACGACUGCUAUCAGCGACAAGCAGCAUGAAGAACACAGCUCCAAACGUGGUGUCUUCUUCUCACAUUGCUUCAGCCACCAUAUCGCCGUCUCAAAGCGUCCAUGCAUCGACAGUGACCCCGCUUUCAUCCGUGGCUUCCACAUCCUUUGCGUCAACCAAAACGUCACCAUCCGAAGGAAUUACGACAGAUGAAGGCCCUUUAUUGACCUCUGUCUCACUAGUUACCUCUUCAUCAACACCUUCAGCCACAAUAUUGACAUCGGAACUGGUCCAAGUGGUUGAUUCUGGAAUGUCGAAUACGCCUUCACUCCCAUCAAGCCAAGACACUACUAUUCUAAUCGACACAGAAGUGACCACUUCUAGGGAUCCACCUCCAGCCUCAUCCAGUCACGCACAAAGGCCACAAACCACUGAUGUGAAUGACGCAGUAGCUGUGGAGUCACCAGCACGCAGUACUCCAACACAGUCGAGAAUCACAGUCGGGGCUGCAACUACCCACCGUUUCAGGCCCACGGCACAGAGCUAUACUUGGAUGAUUGGAUCGGGUGUAGGAGCUUUACUAUUGCUCGGGAUCAUAUUGUCAGUGCUGUUAUAUUGUAAGGUAAAGCACACUUCAUCAGCACUCCGUGUUCCCAGCGACUCGUCCGGUGGCGAGCCUGGCCCCAUUGAAGCACGUACCCUAGCGUGCGAAAACCCACAGUAUGGUGUGGCAGAGGAUAUACCAGUAAGGUUUAACGUGAGCAGCAGCCAAAGCGGGUACUCAGAUGUAGAUGUGCAGUAUGUGGAUGGGAAUCAGGUCUUAUCGGAAGACACUACCUAUGACACAAUGAUAAAGAGCUACACGCUACAUGGUGGGAAGAGCGAUGCGAAGGCGAAGCCCUCUACUCAACUUGCGCCAGGAGGUGAACAACAACAGCUGGAGAAUGGUGUUGGCGAACAACCGCAGUAUGAUCGACUGGACAUUACCCUUCGCAGAGACAGUUAUGCGGAGGUUGUGCCACGGAAUUUGCGCACACCGUCUACAAACAUAACUGCCACAGCAGAAAAAGCGGAAUCGGACAAAGAGCCUGUAAGGAGCCCACCGAAGCUUGGUGAUGAACCGUACUAUGCAAGAGGAGAAUAUGAGACCCCCAAUUUGUGAUGGAUCAUAGCAAAAUCAGAAAGAAUGACAGACCCACCUGACGAGAUAAUUUUUACUUGAGUAUAACAAUUGCAAUUCACAUGUCCCAACUAUCAAUCUAAUGCUCAUUUUCUCUAGCUCUGUAUUGAAUACAGCACUUCUUUUAAGCUACCAGUUCCCUCGAAGCAAACAGGAAAUGUUAUCCAAUGUUAUGCAGAUCACAGCAUCAGGUUGAGUCAGCCGCAAAGGGGAUGUGAUAUAAACCUCCUUUUCUUAUCAGGAACGUCACGUCCCCCAACCAUUCUCCCACGCAAAGUGUAGAGCAUAGCUGGGUGGUUAGCAUUUCGCAGUAAGUUCGUUCAAUCAACUGUAUACCGGUAAAUAUUACACCUGUUGUGUAUGGUAACAUAUUGCCCCACGUUGUAACCACCAGCCUAUGUAUUUCCAGCAUUCAAUGAUUAUUGAGGAUAGCACUCCAUUAUACUUUGAAGUAUUACAUUGUGUUGUUCAUCAGUCUGGCUAAUGCAGUACAUUGAUAUUAAUUUUGUUUUCCCUACUCGAGUCCUUUGCUAGGGGGAGUGCAACGAACCCCAUCAGAUAACGUCAUGCACCACCUUUACAUCUACUACAACCUUUUGUAAUAUUCUCGUUUUUUCUCUAUUUUUGUCUGAUCCUCACUUUGCUAAACAUACAAAACCAGUAUAAAAAAUCGGUAUGCACGUCUGUACGUUUUCUGAUUGUAUUUGGUACCAGAUUUCGCAACAUAUCUUUCCCACAUCAUCUCUUGUUUUUCAUCAUGAAAGACAUUCUUUUGCAUAGAGAAGAUGUGGAUUACGGUUUCACCCUAUCAACGAAACCAGCGUCAGGGUUGCAUGGACUCCGGCCUGGGUUUAGAAUAGGAUCUGCUUCGCAUUUCUUCACUGUUCCUUUGCUUUUCAACCAUAUUCACAUUAUCAUUAUAAUAAUAAACAUGAUCACAUAUCACGUUUGCAGUAUGAACGUGAUAGUCUUGUGGGAUGUCACAAACCUAAUAUGACCCGCUCUAUGCGGAGGCUCCCAUGUAAUCCUGUCUCAAUCUCCUUCUUCACCACCACCUUAUACUUAAAUCGUCAUACAUAUCUCUCCAUACGUUUGCCCUUCAAUCUCUUCAAGAAGUACGCUUCUUUUAAAGUUAUACUCCCUGAUG